AUGACAGAUAUAAUUCAACCAUCACAAAAUACUACACCAAAUGACUAUAUACUUAGUUUAUCACAAUCACAAAUAGAUCAUGAUCAAAAAAUUGGUAUAAAAGCCAUAAGAUUAUUUUUACAAAGUAAAACUUCAUAUGAUGUAUUACCAGUUAGUUAUAGAUUAAUAGUACUAGAUACUUCAUUAUUAGUUAAAAAAUCAUUAAAUAUAUUAUUACAAAAUAAUAUAGUAUCAGCACCAUUAUGGAAUAAUAAAACUUCAAGAUUUGCAGGUUUAUUAACAAGUAGUGAUUUUAUAAAUGUUAUACAAUAUUAUUUUCAAUUUCCUGAAAAAUUUGAAUUUGUUGAUCAAUUAACUCUUAAUGGAUUAAGAGAUAUUGAAAAAUCUAUUGGUGUUGAUCAAAUAGAUACUUCAUCAAUACAUCCUUUUAAAUCAUUAUAUGAAGCUUGUGUUAAAAUGUUAGAAUCAAAAGCUAGAAGAAUUCCAUUAGUAGAUACAAAUGAAAAUGAAGCAAGAGAUAUUGUUGUUAGUGUUUUAACUCAAUAUAGAAUUUUAAAAUUUGUUGCUUUAAAUUGUAAAGAAACUAAAAUGUUAUUGAAAUAUAUUAAAGAUACUGAUUUAAAUAAACCAAAAAAUUUAAGUACAUGUACUAUGCAAACUCCAGUUAUAGAAGUAAUUCAUCAAUUAACUUUAAAUUCAAUAUCUUCAAUACCAAUAAUAAAUGAAGAAGGUAAAUUAAUUAAUGUAUAUGAAGCAUUUGAUGUAUUAACAUUAGUUAAAAAUGGAAUGUAUACAGAUUUAGAUUUAUCUGUUGGUGAUGCAUUAUUACGUCGUUCAGAAGAUUUUGAAGGUGUUCAUACUUGUACUUUAAAUGAUAGAUUAAGUACUAUAAUGGAUACUAUUAGAAAAUCAAGAUUACAUAGAUUAUUUGUUGUUGAUGAUGAAGGGAAAUUAAUUAAUGUUAUUACUUUAAGUGAUAUUUUAAAUUAUAUAUUGUUUGGUGAAGAUUAA